AACCGUCAAAUAACAAACACUGCUGUUCUCUGACGAAAGUAGGACUGAGCAUUUACAUACAUAAGUGACUCCGUGGCGGAUCGGUGCUGAGAUAUCUCUGAGAUUCCUCUCCGAUUUGUGCUUCACAGGCCUGAUAAUACAGUCCCGCAUCGAUCUGCCAUGUAUGGUGGCUACUACGACGAUUUUGGCUACCAUGACCCUGACGAUUACCAUGACCGCGACCGUUACCAUGACUAUGGCAGGAAGAAAUAUGAACAAAUCAUGGCCGACGCGCGUUUUGAAGCCGCGGACUGGUUAAGAAGGAGGGACAGAGAACUAGAAGACGGAUACCGUAGUUUCGAAAACUACGGCCAAGGAAGCGAGCUUCUUUCUGAACUUGUCAGCCAGCGGAAGAGUGGGGAAUUGCUUGAUAUAGUGGUGGAAGUCGAGGGUAGGGAGUUCCCCUGUCACCGGGCUGUGUUGGCAUCCACGCCGUACUUCAAGGCCAUGUUGUCCUCAAACUUCGCUGAAAGUAGUUCAAGGGCCAUAAAGCUGCACGAGGUUGACUCCACCAGCUUCUGUAAGAUCCUGGACUUCCUGUAUACCGGGAAAAUCCGCAUCGGUAAAGACGACGUCCAGAACAUUCUGCAGACGGCUCAUAUGCUACAGUUGGACAAAAUUGUGCAGUACUGCCGUGAGUUCAUCCAAGACAACCUCUGCCUUUCCAACUGUCUGGGCGUCAUGCGCCUGGCCGACCUUUAUGGUCUUUCUGCCUUGAAGACGAAAGCAUGGGACAUGGCAGUGUCAAACUUCUUAGACGUCACACAGGAAGAGGAGUUCCUUAGCCUUUCCGCGCAACAGCUUGCAGAUCUACUCGGAGACGAACAUCUUAAAGUUACGAACGAAGAUGACGUUGUCAAUUCUGUGCUAAGAUGGCUCGACCAUGCCCCUGAGACCCAACAAACAGCAAUGCUAAAGAUUUUACAAGAGAUCCGUUUGUCUUGCGUGAGGGCCAGUGUGCUACAGAGGCUGGAGUCACACCCUGUGAUACAGGCGUCAACAGAAUGCCUGGCAAAGAUCACAGCAGUCAGAGAGAAACACCUCCUUGCCACACGGGUAGAAGAUACAGCUGGUCCUAGACGUGGGAUAUCGGACAACCUGGCAAUCAUUGUCGGCGGUUGGAAUGCAAACGAGGGAUUCCAAUUAAAAGGCGAACCCCCAUCAGUGGAUAGCAUAAUUUGCCUAGACCCAGAUAGCGAGCAAUACUACCACAUCAUUACCCUUCCAACGUCUGUUUCGGGUCACAUGAGCGUGGCAAGUGCAGGGAGACACCUGUACGUAUCAGGUGGGCGGCACCAUCCUGUGGUCGGCCAGGGGCGCCAACCUACCCCAUCCAGGCAAGCCUUUCGGUACGAUUUCCCUUCGGACACUUGGCUUAGGCUGCCCGACAUGCCCGACGGCUGGGCAGGGCAUCAGUCAGUAGUCGUUGACGGGAAACUCUUCCUGGUCUAUGCAAGGAGGUUUAAGAAUGUGAAAAUGGGUUGUUAUGAUCCUAAAAGGCGGGCUUGGAUAGAUGUACAUGUGCACCCUCCUUUGCGCCCUUCGUGGGACUUGACGGUAACAGCCUCCGGGGACAAGGUUGUAUUCAUCGUGCCAAAGAUCACGGAAUCCGAUGACCGCCCCAGUGACGUACAGCAAAUGGCGGAUAUUCAACAAAGCCCGGGUCGCGAAAAACUGUGUUGCCAUGCGUUUGAUGUGAACACCAAAGAUUGGCAGUACGCCGAUAUCCAGAUUGAAAGCCGAUCCGUGGAGGACGUGGAUAUCCUUACUACUACUGUCAAUGACAAGCUUUAUAUCCGUACUGGAUAUACCCAGGACUCAGACCUUUAUAUCUUCGAUGCCGAAGAGAAUACUCUAACGAAGGGUCUUUCACGGCAGUGGAAAGAGGACGUCCUUAGUGAUGGCUAUGGAUAUGUGAGCCACUACUACGGCAGUUCAUUGAGAAAGGACGUCAGGGGCAUCGUGAAUACCAUUAGCUACUGCAAGUUUGGAGACAACCACAGCACAAGGCCGACGUUUGGAGGCCACCACAUCCCCACAAGGCCGACGUUUGGAGACCCCCACAUCCCCACAAGGCCGACACUUAGAGGCCGCCACAUCUCCACAGGGCAGACGUUUGUAGAACGGGAUACGCCGCUUCCGUUUCCCAUAUUCGGCCAUUGCUUCCUCCAGACCAAGAAGAGCAGUAUCGGGUGGUACUCCCGGGACCUUGUAGUACUGGGGAAAGACGGCAAACGAGAGCAGGGGUCACUCAGUGAGCCUACUGGAGCUACGAGCUCUGAUACAAGGGUGUUAACCCCUACACUGGCCCGAAGAAGGAGAGACAUGUACAGAGAAUCAGAUGACGGCCCCCUUGUCGACGUCUAUGGAUACGACUAUGAUGAAUUGGACCAGAUAAGUACUAUGACCUUGACUGAUUCUGCACCUGAUAACCCGUGCUACGACAGUCCAAGGCCGCCAGUACUCCCACCAUAUCGCAGAAGGUGCUACAUGGAAUCUGAUGACAGUACGCCGCCGCCAGUACGUAUACCACCCCCACGUAUACCACCCGCCCCCUACAUACGUAUACCACCCCCACCAUACAUGGAAUCUGAUGACGGCUCCCGUCUCUAUGCAAACUACCUCCAUGGGGUCAAGCAUACCCAUCUUGCUAAACUUGACAACCAGCGAAAGGCUAGGAAAUUCCUUGACGUGAUGGUACAAGUCGAUGGUAGGGAGUUUCCCUGUCACCGGGCUGUGUUGACAUCCACGCAGUACUUCGAGACCAUGUUGUCGUCCAACUUCUCUGAGAGUAGUUCUGGGGUCAUACAGCUGCGUGAGAUAGACUCUAACAGCUUCUCCAAGAUCCUGGACUUCCUGUAUACCGGGGAAAUCCGCAUCGGUCAAGAUGACGUCCAGGACAUUCUGCAGACGGCACACAUGCUACUGUUGGACAAAAUUGUGCAGUACUGCCGUGUGUUCAUCGAGGACAACCUCUGCCCGUCCAACUGUCUGGGCGUCAUGCGCCUGGCCGACCUGUAUGGUUUUUCUGUCUUGAAGAAGAAAGCAUGGGACAUGGCAACGUCAAUUUUGUCAGACUUCUCAGACAUCGCACAAGAUGAGAGGUUCCUUACCCUUUCGGCACAAGAGCUCUUAGUUUUACUCGGAGAUGAGUUCAAGCAUCCGAGAGUUACGAAUGAGGACGAUGUCGUCAACUCUGUGUUAAGAUGGCUCGACCAUGACCCUGAGAAACGUCAAAUAGCAAUCCCAAUGAUAUUUCAAGAAAUACGUCUGUCUUGCGUGAGGGUCAGCGUGCUACAGAAGCUGGAGUCACACCCUUUGAUACAAGAGUCCGCAGAAUGCCUGGCAAAGAUCACAGCAGCUAAGGAGAAACAUCUCGGUACACAGGUAAAAGGAGAAGAUGCAAGUGUUCCUAGACGCGGGAUAUCGGACGAUCUGGCAAUUAUUGUCGGUGGUUGGAAGGCAGUCGGUGGAAAGCCAAUAAUAAUUUGCUUUGAACCAGACUGUCAGCAAUACUACCACAUCACCACCCUCCCAACACCUGCUUCUGAGUACAUGAGCGUGGCAAGUGCAGGGAGACACCUGUAUGUGACAGGUGGGCGGGUCCAUCCCGUGGUCGGCCAGGGUCCCAAAUCUUUCUCCAGGCAAGCCUUUCAGUACGAGUUCCCUUCGGACACUUGGCUAAGGCUGCCCGACAUGCCUCGCGGCUGGGCAGAGCAUCAGUCAGUGGUCGUUGACGGGAAACUCUUCGUGGUCUACCAGACGUCUUUGAUGACCAUGGGCAUGGAUUGCUAUGAUCCUGAAGAGGGGGCUUGGAUGUACAUAAACGAGCGACCAUCACUGGGCCCUUCAUCAAAAUGGAUGGUAACAGCAUCCGGAGACAAGGUUGCUAUUAUCGUGUCAAAGGCAAAGAUCAUCCAGCGAAGAAAGUACCCUUGGGGGUGGGGGCCGUCUUG